AUGGGGUACGGGGGCCGCGGACGGGGCAUGGGCUCCCCGGACGGAGGCAGCUAUGGUGGGUAUGGCGGCGGACCCAGGAACAGGAGGCUGGAGAAGCAGGAGGGAAAGCUCUUCCUGGGGGGCCUGGACAACCAGACCACCAAGGAGAAUCUGGUCGAGUACUGCGAGCAGUGGGGUGCCGUGAGUGAUUCUGUGGUCAUGGAGAACAGGGGGUUUGGUUUUGUCACAUUCGAGAGCCCAUCUUGUGCUCAGAAGUUCCUGGAGCACCGUGACCACUUCAUUAUGGGGAAGGGUGUUGAAGCCAAGGCGGCAGUUCCCAAGAACGCUGGUGGCAGCAGCAACCUCACAAAGAAGAUGUUUGUGGGCGGGACGGGUGAGAUCUCAGACCAAGACUUCAAGCUGUAUUUUGACCCAUAUGGAGAAAUUGACGAUGCUGUGAUCGUCCGCACCAAGGAUGGCUCAUCUAGAGGCUUUGGCUUUGUGACCUUCAAGGAUGAGAUCUCUGUGGAGAAGUGCCUUGUGCAAAUGCACACCCUCCCCAAUGGCAAGUCUGUUGACCUCAAGCGUGCCGUGCCCCGCGAGCAGAUGGGCGGCAGCGGCGGUGGAUUCUCGAAUGGGGCAUCUGGUGGCUUUUCAAACGGUGGUCCAGGUGGUUACGGUCCACGUCGUGGGGGAGGCCGCGUUGGCGGAGGCAUGGAGGGAGGGUAUGGUGGAGGUAUGGGUGGGUAUGGUGGCAGCAUGGGCGGCAUGGGGCCCUAUGCUGGAUAUGGAGGAGGUGCCAUGAGCGGGUACGGUGGAUAUGGUGGCGGUUAUGGUGGGGGUCCGAUGGGCGGAGGAUAUGGCGGCGGUGGAUAUGGCGGCGGCGCGCCCCUCUAUGGCAGGGCUUCGAGCGGCCGUGGGGGAUUUAACCGCUACAAACCAUACUGA